CAAGUACAGAAAAAAGUGGGACCAUAAGAAAUGAGAACCACAGAGAGGGUGUACAGUGAAUGAAGCAGAGGGAAGCCACGUACUGAGAAGAAAACCCAAAGGCCCCAAACCACAGAGGGAAGCAGAGGAAGUAAAAACAAAAAGAAAUCAGAAUAUAAAAGAGAAGCUGAAGGAUGAAUAUCUAAUCCCAAAACACAAUUUACAAACCCAUCCCUACCUCUUAUUUUAUUUUAUUUUUCUUUCCACAAAACAACUUAAUAAAUAAAAUUGACCAACACCAACCCAACCCCAUUCCCCACAAUGGACCUCACCCCCAACACGGCGCAACGCCACGCCACCCUCCGCCGCGCUUGAGAUGUUCCCACCGCCGCCUCAGCCACUGACGACCCUCCCCUCCCUGCCGGAUCUCCUCCUCACGGCCCUCUCCGUCUGCUUCCUCGUCUCCUCCUCCAAGCCCCACAUCGCCUCCACCCGCUGCCCCUUCCCGCGCCGCUUCCUCAAAUUCCCUGCGAUGUCCCUCACCGCAACACCCUCCAAAAGCACCACCACAGCCACCGCCCUCAACACCCUACCCCCGCGCCGCCACAAUUUCGCGUCCCCGCAAUCCCUUUCCGAGUGGCUCAAGCCCCGCCUCCCCUCCGAGUCAUUCGCCUCGUGGGGCGUCAAACCCGGCACCAAAAACGUGCACAACCUCUGGCUCGAACUCUCCCAGGGCGAAACCUCCCUCGCCGACUCCACUCCUCCGGUUCGGACAGUCCACGUCGUCCUCGUCCACAUCACCGCCAAACACGGCAAGUUCCUCGUCGAAUCGCACCAGGAGUUAUCCGAUGGCAACGUCCGGAAGCGUGGCAGGCCCUUGUCGGAGAAGAUGAAGCCCAACGAGGACCCCGAGUCCGCCGCCGUCAGAGGCAUUUUCGAAGAGCUUGGCUCUGCGAUUGUUGGUGCCAGACCCAAUCCCGAAACCUCUGACAUUGUCAGCAUCGAUCCCAAUUCGUACGAGAUGCGGGUCGAGGAGCGCGAUUCGGGUUCUUACCCGGGUUUGCCCGGUUGCUACGUUUUGCACACGCUAAGCGCCACGGUUGAGGGUUUGCCCGAGGGUGAUUUUUGCACGUACGAGGUUGAUGAGUACGAUGGGGUUUUUGAGGAGAAGAAACUCGCGGACAGGGCUGUGUCCGUGAAGAAGCACUAUUGGACUUGGGUUAGUGAUGAUUCCAUCCAGACAUGAUUCAGAUAUACCUUUUUUUUUUUUGUGUUUUCAUAGUUGAGUUUAAACUGACAAUUUUUUCUUUAUGUUGGAAGUUUUUAUGGAUAUCAUAUGAAAUAUUGAUAGCAUCGGUUUUUUUUUUUUUUUUACUUGUAAUAUAGUAUUUGAGAUGAUAAACUGGGAUAAAUUAUGAGAGUGAAGCUGCUACUUGUAGUUCAUAUCAAUAAAGCACGGGCAUAGAAUUUGCUGUAAUUGUGGCGUUUCUUUAUUCUCUUUUCUAACCUCAAUGAUCUGCACUCUUAGGUUUCAUUGUAUGUGAAUUGUCAAAUUUCUGAGUUGGGUGUGCUGCUGUUUCCUUCUUGAAUGCCAACCACUUCAUUUUGUUCAAAUGAAUUCAGAAAUAGGAGUGGUAAUGAGAUAAUUCUGAUGUUUCUGUCUUGGAGGACUUCAAUGCGUUUUUUUUUCCUUGAUUGAAAAAACAUGUCUAAGUAAAAAGACGAUUACGACUCUUGUAUUAUUUGUGAGUGAAGCAAGGUUAUAAAUUUCUGAGAAUUUGGUGA